CUCCAGCAGCGAAAAAUGAAGAACCCAACCCGCCCAGUUACUCCUUAUAUUUUCCUCUGUAACGAGGUCUAAUCGGUGUAGAAAUACAAGUACGUUGUACAUGAUUUAUUACUUCUGUUUCUCGCUAGAGCUAGAGAGACAGUUUUGCAAUACGUAAGCAGGCCUCUCGGUCUUCUCGCUCUACGACACGGUGUUGAUGAGUCAUCAACUACAGCUGCAGUCACUGCUACAGGCUGCUUAGCGAAAUUGUGCUUGAGAGGCCCUACUAGGUAGUUCAAGCCGUCCUGCUGCAAGGCACGUCUGUGAAGAUGCGGCCACACUUGACAUGAUUAUUUGAAAUGAAUCCUUUCGAUUUUUGCUAGUACCAUUGCAUCAUUUUCACACUCUGAACAGGAACUCCUUUAAUACUUCAACGUUGGCUUAUUUCUCUGUUCCAAAGUGAACUGCGAGAGGACCAGUCGCACAUCUUCAUGGCGAUGAACAUCAAGUAGAUCCACCUUUUGUCUCUGUUGCACAUAUUUGUAGUGCUCUUGUCUAGCGAACAAGCGUCCCCGGCGCAGCGCCGCUUCCUCCGUUCGAUUCGCCGCCCCGACCGGCAGCCAGCAUGGAUGACCUGGAGCUACCAGAGGACCCUGCGGGGACAACACGCAUGGGUGCUGCCGCUACUUCUCCGGACGUGCUCCGACUCGCUGGUCCGCGCAUGGUGGUGGCGUUUCCGCGUGCUAGCGGCGAGGAUCUCCACAUCGUCGUCGAUGAGGUGCUUUGGGAGUCUUUGACCGUUGCGAAGGCAAAAACGCUCGUCGCGGAGGCGCUGACGGCCGAGAAGCCGGACUACGGACGGCUACCCGAGUCUCUGGUGUAUUUCCUGCCGAUUAAUAGCGACGGGGGGGAGCACGAGCAAAGUGAAAGUGGCAUGAAGCCGGCUGACAGUGAUGGACAAGUGGAACGUCCGCUGGAGUCUUCCGAUGUGUGCUCCACACAUACUCGAGGUUGGGAAACAAGCAGCGACGAUGCGUCCUCUGUGUGGCACUUCGAAAUGGAGGAGCAACACAUCAACCGAGAUGGAUGCCAAGAGCAAGGAGCACGUGAGGAAGACAAAAAUGCUCCUCACAACCUGCUAAGAACAGAUGAUCAAGCAACAAAAGAGAACGAUCAAAAUGUCAGCACUACAAGCAAGGACCAUAGAAAGAUAUCUCAGGCCGCCAGGUCGUCCUCAGGGUCGGAAUCGGACACUAAUCGGGUUCUCACUCCAGAGGAAGAGGCCUGUAAGCUGUUGAGCGAAUUCGUCAGCGACGAUCCGAUGGAGGAGCACAAACAAUGGUUUGACCCGAAACAAUUUUACGGUCUCUCGCCAGACAGAUACUUCUGGGGCUCUGGCGUUGCGCCGAUGUCGUUCGAAAUAUCAAAUAGAAGACGACUUGAUAUGGACGAUGCGUCCAUGGGUGGGCAGCACUACAGAGUUCUAGCACAGCCGCGACGUAGACCUUCAUUUCCUGGGGUCCUGAUCGAUGAAGAUCGGAACGACAGUGGAGGUCAACAUGGUUGCGAUGUUAUUGAAGAUGUGCCCAGCGCCAGGUCUUGGUUGAAACCCGAAGGCACUCCUCUCAUCAAGGGCGCAACUCUUGAUCUUCACAGUCGUGACCUCCAUAUAGCGUCUCUUCAACCGACGUCGGUACUAGAACAUGGAACUACGCACAACAACCCAGGAGACGAUGAGGAAGCGUUUCUCUCUGGAGCAGAGAACGCGAGUUGCGCUGCCACAUUAAACAUCCAUUCGGAGGAUCACCUGAACCUAAUUUCCGUUGGUGGCUGCAGUUCAAGUGCGUUGCAGCUCGCACAGGGUCGUGAGGGAACAUCGUUAAUAACCAAAGGCGACACCGUGCUGCCCAGCUCAAGCAGCACUCUUGAUUUGGGAAGUACAGGCGAGCGCGCCUUUCACGAACUGAGGGACGAGUUAGAAGGCAACAAACGAGCGCUGCCGGGACCUUUACAGCGCGGAAUAGGUCCUACACGUACCCAGCAGGAUUUUUUCGCGGAAGAAAACUAUUUCCAAGAUGAAGCUGCCGGGCUUACUUUCCAAGAACGAGGCAUGGCACAGCACCAACGAAGACGGAUGGAAAAUAACGGCCUCCGCGGACGAGAGGAUCACGAGGACUGUGUUGUUGAAGUGCGCAGCUGCCCCGCUAGUCCGACCGGGGUUGCGGUUUUUCCGAGAUCAAGAAAAGAUCACAAGCGGAAAAUUGCAGGAAGUGCGGCCCUUGUAGAAUCAAAUAGCACAACUCAAAUAGCUCAGCUGGACAUCAGCGGUGGCAGUCUUCUGUCGCAGUCGCACGGUAUCGGUACGACGUUUGGCAAGACGAAAAGCUACGCCAGCCUGGAAGAUUUUAAAAAUGUCACGGCUGCGGUGACAGUGACAGAUUCUUUUCGACAUCAAAGCCCUCCUCCAUACGAGGACUCCACUCGAACAGCAGGUACUACCUCUACCGCCCCCGACAUCAAAUUGACAAAGCAACGCCUUGUGCGAUUUUUGGAGCGCGGGCAGAAGCGAGUGCGCGUCAACCUGAUGAUCAUAGUUGCCAACGUUAGCGGUCAACUCGAUCAUGUUGCCCUUGUGGCCCAGCAUCAGUCUGCAGUUGCUACACCUUCACGAGACGAUGAAUUUCUGUCGGGCGUCGCAACUGCUGGCAGCAGAAGUCAGCUGCAUCAACAUCUUGCUGCAAAUGAGCAAUAUGGGACCACGUCACAUUCACAGGGCCACACUAAAAAUGUUGGCCAUGCUUCACUUGCUUCGAAAACCCCGUCUCGUCGAGCAUCGCCUGAGCGCGAGGCACAGCGGUUAUUGUGGUUUUGUCUGCGGGAGGAAGCGACAAAGGACUCGCUGGCCGACUGUCGCAGUGUGGUUUACCACAUGGGUCCGGAGCUGUUCGAUUCCUCCCUCGACCUUUUCCACGAGCUGGUAGGGCGCUUCGAAGAAGAGUUACUUGGGUCGCCACGCGUCGCGCAGCUUUUCCACAACACUGAGGAGGACGAGGCAGCUAAUAAUAUCUCUACAGAUCCACCAUCGAUAUUGCAGGCGGAUGUAAAUAAUCGAGAUGGGGACGAGGGGCUGCACAGCAGCGUAGUUCCUCCAUCGGCGAUUGAUGUCCGGAAAGCCUUCACCUAUCGCCCGCUGCGCUACACGCACGUGGUGAACAUCUUCAUAGCGCUGUUCGACGCCUGUCCGGUCAAAAUGUCGUAUGCAAGAUACCAGCAGAAGUACUGCGACUUUUUUUCCAAAUUUCAGUACUAUUUCGGAAACCUCGAAGAGCAUCAAGGCGACGAAGCCGGAGGUGCUGCAAUUGCAAUUGGAGGCGGUGCAGGCAACGACCAUGUUGGCCAACAUCAUGAGCGCGGUGCGAAUCAAGUACAUGUACAAUUGCGGGGUGCUGAAGCUCCGCAACAGCGAGAGCACGGUGAAGUAGAAGGAGCCCGCCGCCGCGUCGGUCGUCCUAUAGUGGCCGAAAAUGUUGAUCUCGAAGAUGCCGACGCUGGGGAUCAUGCUCGCGCCGGCCGGUUUGGACAACAUGCUGUAGUACGCGAACAGCAGAUCAUACAGCCUGCGGUAGGAAAUAAUGGCGUGUUGCCUCCAAUUCCACUAAACAUGAUACCCGGGCGCGUCGGCGCGGAUCGGGGUGCGAAUGCAGCUCCGCGUCAGCAACACGUGGUAAACCAGAACGCGAACGUGCUAACCAACAUUGCGAACGAGAACUUUGCCAAUGCCCGGGCGUACGUCGUGCGCUUGUUAUCCCUGGGUUCCGCCUGCGGAGGAGGAGCAGUAGUCCCCUCGCCGGUUAUACGCGGGAGCAGGAGCACAGCAGGUGGUGGUGGAGGUGGAGCGGCAAUAAUACACCAAAAUAUUAUCAUGCCCAGCUGGAGCACGCCGUUUUCCCACCAACUUGUUCCAAAGCGGCUUUUCGACUUCAUCUUCAACAACCACGCCAAGUGCACGUCGGUGACGCAUGCCAGCACAAACUUGCUGUACCUCGCGGUGGCACAGAGGGACAGCGCGCUUGUCGAUCUGCUGCUGCACCACCCGCUUUUCACGCAGGACUUGUUUGACCAGCCCAACCAGUGGUGCUGCGGGCACGUGCUGCACUUUGCGGCCAGCAUCGGGGAGGUGGGGAUCGCGCAGCAGCUGUUGGCGUCGCGGUUCAUGACGCGCGCGCGGUUCCUGGGCGACAAGCAGGCCUCCACCCGGGGCAACAUUCUGCGCUGCGCGCUCAGCUCGAAGAAUCUGGCCAUGGUGCGGCUGAUCCUCGAUCACCCCCUGACGGAUUCCGAAGUGUUUUGCCAGCGACACAUCCCCUACUACCGCAACCUGCUGUUCUACGCCGCCAGUCUGGGGGACGCGGAAAUUUUCAGGACCAUGGUGGAGUCCGAGUUCACCACCCUGGCACUGCUGCAGCAGGAAAAUCGCUCCAUGCACGGGACCCUGGUUGAAUACGUCGCCAAGGCACGGGAAAACUCCGAUCUGGGAGGACCCCAAGCGGCCGAGCUCGUGGAGAAACGAAAGAGACAGCUACAACAUCGUGAUAAUAUCCUCGUUGACGCAAAAAAUUUUCCAGCAUAGGGAAGUAAGAAACAGAAAGUAGAAAACUUCGACCCAGGCCACGGAGCCUCCAUCGAGACACGACCUGUAAUGUGCAACUAGUACCCAGUAAUUUCUGCGGCCUGGAGACGUAGAAAGUCUUUUCAUGAAACGCAACGGCGCAACAUUCGCGAUCUUGGAAGUGCAUUGUGGUUGCCAGUGUGGUCGGUAAAAAAUGAGAAACUUGUUCUUGUGACGCUGAAAUGAAACAGAUAAAGGAUCACCCAAAAUGUUCGUUGCUUUGCUGAGUGUCAAAGGCGAAGAGCCUCCCAAAUUCAAUAGCAGUUUUCGACGAGCUACGUCUAUGUAAACAAAGUAUAAUCGUUCAAACAAGCAGCGCUGUAAGCGCGACAAAUUGUUUAUAGCAAUUGCAUUUCAACAACAGUACCCGAACACGACCAUGAUCAUACGAGCGAGCAGAAGACAGAAGACGGUUGCCAGUGUCGGUAGAAAAUGAGAAACGUGUUCUUGU